GCCUUUAAUUCUACUAAAUGUUUUGUUUUGUUUGUCGUUUGCAAUAUAUGCUAUCGGAUCCUGAUUAUGCUUGAUCGGGCUCUCAAUUGGUGUUUCUGAUUUUUUUUCCCUUGCCGUGCUGUGUUUUCUUUUCGAUUUUCAUAUUAUUUGGACUUUUAAGGGUUUGGGUAGGGUUUCUUUCAUUGUUUUUGGCGAUCGGGUGUUGAUCUGGAGUUGGGAACCUCGUGUGCCAAUUCCUAGGAUCUUGAUGAGUUUUAGAACUCUCCUUAUCAUCUGUCUCUGGUGGCUUCGUCUACGCUUCAUCAUCGUCUCUGAAUUGUUUCACACCUUGGUUAAUGUUUUUCGAUCGGACGGUGAACAGUUGCUAAUUUCUUUAUGUCCUGCUUUUGUUGUUGAAAGGUGCUAUGUUCUCGGUGCUUAGUCUUAUUCAGCUCCUGCGAUUAAGCACAUCGAUAUGAAUGUAUCAGUUGAUGAUGUAUCCAUAUAAAUUUGACAUUGGCAUGACGUCUUGCUUGCUUUCUCUAGCUAAAGUUGUUGUCUUCCUUAUGAUCGACUUGGUCUUGGACACAGUGUUCUGCUUUGUAUUCUGUAUUUGGCCAAUCAGGGAAAAAAAUGAAAACCUUAUGUAUUGUUGUUCAACAUUUUGCUUUAUAUAACUCAAAUAGUCACAACAGAUAAUACUUUCAUAUUAAGAGAAUUUCAAAGGCUCGCUGAGACUGGUUUUUUUAAUUUGCAAAGCAAAAAUCUUGCUAGAUGUUAGAGUUCUGUAAGAGGACACUUGAUUAGACAAGAUACGAAGAGGUCCUGCAACUUUUACUAACCCUACCUGCUGUGGUCAUUGCCCAUUCCUGUAAUCUUGUUCGGGGCCACUUGAAACUAUUCGUAAUUAUUUUCUUGAUUAUGCCAAUCUAGUUUGCAAACAGUAUAAUAACUUAGGCGCCAUGCCAAAUAAGCUAAUGAGAUUAUUUGGUGACCCUAUAUACUACAACAUCUAUGAGAUCUGCAGAGCAAAAUAGCGACUCAGCUUGCAAGUUUCAUUGAUCUAAUGAUAAUAUACAUAUAGAUUUUGGGGCUAGUUGGUGAUUCUGUUGUGCAGAAGUGUUCGUUAAUUAUAUAUUUGCCAAAGAUUUUAGCAUAGAUUACUGCAUUAUUAGUUUACCUGCAUUGGAGCAUUGCAUAAGUGUAGAUUCUUUUGUGAAGUCAAGUAAGAUACUGAAAAUACAAUUUGAGACUCGGAAGCCUUCAGUAGGGAAUAACUAAAGCUUGUUCUCUUGUUAUUACUGUGCGUGGAAGAUGACUGCUGUUAAGCGAAGAUUGUAUAGUGAUUCAGAUAUCCAUGCUCUUCACAAAGAAUUGGAUGAAGUUUCAUGUCCUAUUUGCAUGGAUCAUCCACAUAAUGCUGUUCUCCUUCACUGCAGCUCUUACGAAAAGGGCUGCAGAUCUUACAUCUGUGAUACAAGUUAUAGGCAUUCAAAUUGCUUGGACCGGUUUAAAAAAAUGCAGGCCAAUUCUAAGGACAGUUCAAAUUUAUCCAGUUCUUUAGUAAACACAAACAACUCUGGUAAUAGUUCUGAUAUUAAUCUCAAUAUGCAACCUGACUUGAAUGAUGGUAAUGAAAAUCACCAAAAUGAAAUCAAUACUGUAUUAUCUGUUGGAUUGCUUCAAGGAUCAAGACAGGGUGAUGUUCAAGAUCCAACUAGACAUUUCAACUCGCCUAAUGAAGGCAUUUUAGAAACUCUUGAUUCUGAGACCUUGCAGGACAGGGCUGAGCUUGAGGAGUUAGAUGUGGAUAAUUCAUCCGAGUCAAAAUUGAGUUUGAAAUGUCCCUUAUGUCGAGGAACAGUGCUGGGUUGGGAGGUGGUUGAAGAGGCUAGAAAUUAUCUCAAUUUGAAGAAGAGAAGCUGCUCUAGGGAGUCUUGCUCAUUUGUUGGUAAUUAUCUUGAAUUGCGUCGACAUGCUAGGAGGGUUCACCCGACCACCCGUCCCUCUGAUGUUGAUCCCUCAAGGGUAAGAGCCUGGCGACAUCUUGAACGACAGAGAGAAUAUGGUGAUAUUGUCAGUGCUGUUCGGUCAGCCAUGCCUGGUGCUGUGGUUGUGGGUGAUUAUGUCGUUGAAAAUGGAGAUGGUAGGUUCUCAGAUGAUAGGGAAGGUAGCAUGGGCGAUUCGAACGGGGGGCCAUGGUGGACAACCCUCUUCUUGUUUCAGAUGAUUGGUUCAAUUGAAAAUGCACGGGAGCCAAGGCCUCGUUCUAGAGCAUGGACAAGGCAUCGUCGACCAGCAGGAGGUUCAUCUGACAGACGCUAUCUGUGGGGUGAGAAUUUGUUGGGUCUUCGUGACAACCAUGAUGCUGAUGAAGAUAUGCGCAUAUUUAGUGAUGCAGGUGAAGAUGCAUCUCCUGUACCAAGAAGAAGGCGACGCUUGACCCGGACAAGGUCCAAUGGGGAUCGUUUAUGAGGUUUGCUGAUGGCCAUCAUUGUUUCUGCAUGCAGGACAUUAUUCAAGCGUUGGCUUUGAUCUCACGGAGCGUGAUGAUGAUGCUUUUAUGGAAUGAAACUAGGGAGAUCGAUGAGCCAGUUUCUCGUAGUCCUGGUAUCUACGAUUUUCAUAAAGGUCCCUUCUGCCAUCCAAGCACUUAGCUUAAGGGAUAUCAAAGUUAUUGGUAAAUCGUGUGUUUGUUAAGUAGGCAUAGUUGGAUUGGCCCCGGGGGGAAAAGAAAAGGUAGUCAUAUUGGCAUAAUCUAUCAAUUAACUUAAUACUUUAGAUGUAUAUUUGUCAAUCUUUCUAUUGAUUGAACCAUUGUUUCCAAGCAUGUGAAUAGUGUUGAUCCCGUUUUUGAGUUAUUUGUGAUUUGUGAUUUGUGAUGCUACAAUUAUAGAAUCAUGUCACUUUGAAUUUA